UGACUUUGUCAAUUACUUAUAUGUAGAGUCAAUGUCCUUUAUGGACCGAUCAAAAAGAGAAAAAGGCUUGGAUAAAUGAUACUAUGAUUAAUAAUAUUUCUUUAGAUCACUUUGCAAACUCGAUGGAACAGAUUGAGAAUAAUCAAUUGCCAGUGAUCAAUGAUGAUGUUUAUGAAGUAUAUACAUCAUCUGAGUUCAUGAAUUACAUAGGAUCACCAUUAUACUGCUCUGAAGAACGUUCUAAUUUCCAUUUAAUGGUUUUCUGGAGCAACAACGUAGCUGAAUCUAAUUGUCCAAACAAUCUUACAGAAACAUCUGUAAAGCAAAAGAUCAAAGCAGCACUUCAGAGAAUAGAAACAUCCCAAGUAAUUCUACUACAGUUUUGGGGGUUGGAAAAGAUUGAAGGUAGACAUUUUCUAACAACUUCAGGACAACCUUUUGGUCUUAGAUAUCUAUAUAAAGGACUCUGCUGGUAUAGAAAACACUGUCAAGGUUAUAAAUAUAGUGUUGAUAACGGCGAAAGUUGUGAACAAGCUGGAACUGAAAAAGGUCAUCUUUUCGGUCCACCUGCUCGAGUUUUCCAGCAAAAAUUGCCCGAGUCAAGUACUCAUGUGGGGUAUUACACGAAUGAAGAGUUUCCGAUGAGGGAUCAUGCUGUCUGGUGUGGUGUUCGGACCUAUUUGGCUUUGCCUGUGUUUGAACCUAUUGAAAAAAAUUGUGUUGGUGUGAUUGAGCUCGUCACAGUUUGGAAAGGUGGCUACUUGACCUAUGAAGUUGAUCGAGUACUCAACGCGCUUGAGGGGGUAGAUCUCAAAUGUCCUAAAAUAUAUCUGGAUAAAGGUAGAAAAGUACAAGCAGAGAAACAAAGAGAAAGGGAGGAAAUCAAAAGAAUGUUAAAAAUCGUGCGGGAAACACACAAACUGCCUUUCAUUCGAGUCUGGAUUCCCUGUAUGAAUCUUGAAAUGGACCAUAAUGGCAUGUACGUUGGCUGCACCGAGCAUGUAAUAUCUGCUAGUAAUGAAGUUUAUUUUGUCGCGGAUGAGGAAAUGGAUGCUAACGAUCAUGUUUACGACGACUAUUACUAUGACGAUAUGUUAUGUUUCCGAGACAUUUCCAAGUUACAACCCUUGCAGAAAGAUCAGGGCGUUGUUGGGAAAGCGUUUUUUUCUGGCAAGUUGUGCUUUUGCGAGAACAUAACUGAUUUUGGUAUAAUUGAGUAUCCAUUGGUACAUUAUGCGCGCUGGUGUGGAUUGACUACUACUUUUGCUAUUUGUUUGAAGAAUAAAGACGAUGCCAGUGCCUACAUAUUGGAACUGUUUCUGCCCCCGGAUAAGGCAGAUCCAAAAAUCUUGCUUGGAUCAAUUUUGUCUACAAUAGGACAACAUUUUCGGAAUUUCAAAUUUGCUUCUGGUCAAGAACUAGGAAAUGAUUCAAGUGUUCAAGUUAUUAAAGCUUCUUCAAAUAAGAAUGUGGAUUAUUUUCAUAUAUAUCAAACUAGAGAAAGUCCGUUUAUGCCUGAAGUAUUGCACGCUGAAGAGCGAAGUAACCUACUAAUGGAAGGCAGUGAAAAUCACAUGGAGAAAGAAGCUAUGUCUGAGUGCACGGCUCGGAACUCGGUGGAUAAUGGACAACAACCAAUGGUUCAGUCUGAGGUCUUAAAUACCGAUUCACAAGUUAUUUCGGAGAAGCAAUGUGUCAGUGUUACUCAUUUGCAAAAAGAAAGCAGAACCAGAACUAAAGACUCUGUAAACUAUGAUGAUCUCAAACAGCAUUUUAACAAAAACCUUUCAGAUGCAGCUGAAAGCCUUCAGGUUAGUCGGUCUACACUGAAGCGAUUAUGCAGAAAGUACGGUAUUCGAAGGUGGCCAUUGUCAAAACGAAAGAAGACUAGCGAAUCCGAUCGCCAGCCAUUAACUAUGCUUCCAAAGAAGAACAAAUCAAUAACUUCAGAAACUACACAUACAGAUCAUGAGAGUAGCAACAGUUUCACAGUGAAGGCAACAUAUGGAGAUGUCAUGAUGAGGUUUAAACUGUACUCAUUGUCAAAAAAAGAAGAUUUAGACAAGGAAGUGGCUAAAAGAUUGCGAUUACCAAUUAUGAGGUUUAGAAUAAAUUACAUGGAUGAAGAUAAUGAUUGGAUAUGGAUUGCUUGUGAUGAUGAUUUGAGUGAUUGUUUUAAUAAUGCUCAAUCGUUAGGGAAGAACACAAUCAAAAUGUUGGUUCUACCAGCAGCCAUAAAUCAUCUUGAAUUGUAAACUUUGUGAGUUUUAUCAAAAUUUAGUGAUUCUUUUAACAUGAUUUUCCGAA